CCAGCGCAAGAAUGAUGUAGGAGUGGUUUCAGUCUCAGACCAGAGCAAAACCAUCGCGAGCGAACGCUAUUUCACUCAAAUCUGAUAAGAAGAAGAAGAAGAAGAAGAAGAAGCUAUUUCACUCGGCUUUACAAACAAACCAUGCGCUUUCACGCACAGCGUGUUUGAGGAAUGAGAGAGAGUCGGAUCUUCUGCUUUGUGUUCGUCUGACUUCACUGCUGGGAUGUGCCGUGAUUGAAGGAUCUGCCCUGCUGUUACACACACACUCAUUGUGGGCUCUCUCUCUCCCUCACACACACACACACACACACACACACUCGUCUCAGCAUGCUGGCUCUCCUGUUGUGUGCUCUGCUGGCUCUUCACGCUGACGCUCUUGACGUCCAUGUCCCAGAAUCCCCUGUGGUGGCUCUGUUCGGGACGGACACCGUCCUCAACUGCUCCUUCUCAGGCGUCUCAGCGUUUAACCUGUCUGACCUGAGCGUGUUCUGGCAGCUCUCGGACACCAAGCGCGCCGUCCACAGCUUCUGGCAGAGCCGCGAUCAGCUGAGCGAUCAGGAGGAGCGCUUCGCCAACCGCACCGGCCUGUUCCCAGACCAGCUCCGCUCCGGAAACGCCUCGCUGCUGCUGAGGAGAGUGCGUGUGGCGGAUGAGGGAAGCUACUCGUGUUUCGUCAGGGUUCAGACGUACAGCAGCGGAGCCAUGCUGAUGCAAGUCGCAGCUCCGUUCUCCAAGCCGCUGGUCACCUGGGGCCCGGAGUCGGCCCUGAAGCCUGGCGAUGCAGUGGCCCUCAGCUGUGUGGCGUACGGAGGUUAUCCUGAGGCAGAGGUGCUGUGGCAAGACGGAGCCGGACGCAACCUGACCGAUAACGUUACGGUCUCACAGGUGGCCAACGAGGAGGGUCUGUUCAGUGUGAAGAGCGUCCUGACCGUGAUCCUGGAGCCCAACAGCACUUACAGCUGCAGACUGAACAACCCGCUGCUGGGCGAGGAAGGACAAGCGUCCGUCACCAUCACCGCUCAGGGUCUGGUGUUUCCUCCGCUGGCGCUCUGGCUGACCGUGGCUCUGGCUGUGUGUUUGCUGGCUCUGCUGGUCGCUCUGGCCGCCGUCUGCCGCAGGAAGAUCAGAGAGAGCUGUGAGGAGAUGAGAGCCGAGGAAGAAGCGAAAGAACUUGAGGAAGCCAAAGAAUUAGAAGAAGCCAAAUCAGCUGCAACACCUCUAAAGAGCUAAAGUUGGAGACCACAGGUCGAGGCCGGACCGUCCGUGAUUGACAUGAGCAGAAACCUUCCGUCCGAUCCAGCAUCAUUUCAUAAGGGAUUCACACUCACGUGUUUCACGCACAGAUAGUACACCUUUACAUUUUGCCGUUUCACUUCAUUGAUUAAAGCUCCUCUUUCACAUUCCCCGCUCGUUCCUAAACACCAUCAGGAGCGAUAAACUCAUCCCGUCCUCGUGUGUUUCACGUGUUAAAGGGAAAUCAUCUUGAGGAGCACUGGGUCUGACAGGCUCUCGCUGACACCAGCGCCGCAUCAGGACAGAUGCUCGGACCUAAUGGAAAGUGAGUGGUUUAAGAAAGCGUCAGCGGCGCUCGCUUUUCCCACCCGCUCCGUCCCGGCCUAAUUAAUGCCUGCCCGGGAACUAACUUGUAGCUGUCAGCGUCUGCCGGCUCCGCAGAAAUCCAAUAACUUCAGGGAGCAAUUUGUGUGGAACACCAGCGAAGCUCCAGCAAACUCCAAAUGGUGCGUGAGACACAACCAACGUCCGUCUGAGAGACUCUGUCGACUCAAACACAGCCAGCUGCGGCUGAUCAGCUGUUGCAAUUUGAAAUCCUGUUUGUUUGUUUGUUUUUUUUAAUAAUGUUGUCAGGUACUUUGAAUAUUGCAUAUAUUGGAAUUCGAAAUGUGUCAAAAUAAUCAGAGGCCUUACUGCAAACAUGUUGUGCCUGUCUUUUAUUACAUUUAGAAAUUAAAAUGGUUUUCACUC